AUGGGCCGUCUUUACGCUAAGGGUAUCUUCACCGGUUACACUCGAGGUCUCCGAAACCAGCACGAGAAGACUGCUCUCAUCAAGCUCGAGGGUGUCAACAACAAAGAAGACACCGCCUUCUACCUCGGCAAACGAGUCGCUUACGUCUACAAGGCCAAGGUCAAGACCCGAUGCACCGCUCCUGGUGCCGCCGCUGACCGAACUCGAGUCAUCUGGGGCAAGAUCUGCCGAUCCCACGGUAACUCCGGAUCCGUUCGAGCGAAGUUCGCCAAGAACCUCCCACCCAAGGCUAUGGGCCACCGAGUCCGAGUUAUGCUUUACCCAUCAAGCAUCUAA